CACACAGCUGGAACCCAUCUCCAGGAACAAAGAGCUGGAAACCAUCUUCAUUUGAAGGGACUCUUCCCGAUUUUUGAGCCUUGUUGGAAGAGAUGAUGACGGGCCUGGGUCCCCUGUUGUUGGUCUUCAUGCUGGUGCCCUGUCUGACCCCACCGACCCUGGCUCAGGAUGUCGACAGGUACAAACACUUCCUGAACCAGCACUAUGAUCUCAAUCCAAGAGGCCGGAAUGACGCAUACUGUGAUACCAUGAUGAGAAGACGAGGCUUGACUUCACCCUGCAAAGCAAAAAACACCUUUAUUCAUGGCACCAGUAACAACAUCAAGGAUGUCUGUGGAGAUAAGAAUGGAGAGCCUUAUAAGGAAAAUUUCAGAAGAAGCAAGUCUCCUUUCCAGGUCACUACUUGCAAGCACAUAAGAGGGUCCACCCGGCCUCCCUGCCGGUACAGAGCCACACCAGGGUACAGAAGCAUUGUUAUUGCCUGUGAACAUGGCUUACCUGUCCACUUUGAUGAGUCCAUUUACAGUCCCUAA